AUGGAUACAGUUGUGCAGAUGGCACGAUGUUCAUUUGAUAUUCAUGUGCAAGAGAUACUUGGUACACUGAUGAUUGGAGCAACACUGGUUAUGCUUCAUCCAGGAGGCACUAUUGACUUUUAUUAUUUAGCUGAUGUAUUAGCAAGCAAAAAUAUUUCCUAUAUUCACACUGUGCCUAGUUUGCUCCAUAAUUUCUUCGUUUUUAUUGAAAACGACAGUAACCGACAUGCGUUGCAGUAUCUUCGAUCUAUCUGUAGUAUUGGUGAAGUCUUUUCUACUAAGCUGCAAGCUCAGUUAUCUAGUGUGAACUCACUAAACUGCAAAGUAUGGAAUAUGUAUGGUCCAGCAGAGACUACCAUUGCAUCAACGUUUUAUCAGGUGAAUGUCACGGAUCUCUCUGAAUACAUUCCGAUUGGUGCCUCACUUCCUAAAUAUCGGUGUGUAGUCCUAGAUGAAUAUUUACAAAGAUCUAUUCUUAAUCAAGCAGGCGAACUGUGUAUUGGAGGUGUAGGAGUCUUUCCAGGUUAUUUAAGGGGCGAUGACCUCAAUAUAAAAGCGCUCAUAUCCAUUGAUGAUCAACUCCUAUACAAAACAGGCGAUUUAGCUCGUGUUGAUAACAAUGGUCUACUAGUAUAUAUCGGUCGAAAAGAUUUUCAAAUUAAAUUACACGGUCAGCGUAUCGAGCUUACUGAAAUAGAGAAAUGUCUACUCAGAAAGACAUCUGUAUCUGCUUGCAUUGUUAUUAAAUGGGGAGACAAUCAUUUGGUUGCCUAUAUUCAAGCAUCAAACAUAGAUGAAGAGCAGCUACGUGAACACUGUCAGGCUCAUCUUUCUCCGCACAUGAUUCCAUCAAUGUUUAUCAUACUUAACAAAUUGCCUUUGAAUCCGAAUGGAAAAAUAGAUCGAAAAUCUCUGCCAGCUCCAAAAUUUGAACUCCAUUCAGCAGACAAGACGAGUGACCUAUAUGUGAAGCCGAAGGAUGAGUCUGAAAUUUAUAUUCAUAAAUUAUGGUCUAAGAUUCUUAACACGGACAAAAUCUCUACCAAUGCAAGCUUUUUUGAUAUCGGCGGCCAUUCUCUGUUACUUGUGCAAUUAUAUCAAAGUUAUAGAUUAAGUCUGGAUAUAAAUACGACUAAGAUUAGUAUUGCCGAUCUUCGACAGUAUCCUACGAUCACUGAUCAUGCUCGUCUUAUUGCCCAAGAGAUUAGGGGCACACCAAUGCGCAAUAAACUUGGAUCCGAAGCAUCUCUUUUACAAGAAACAAUGCUCGGUCAGAAAUUAGAUUCGUCCUCUUCCACGGAGGAUAACAGGAUCUUAAGUGACGAGCUGGCAAGACACGAACCAUUUCCAGUUACAGAUAUUCAACAAGCUUAUUUGAUUGGACGUGAAGGCUUUAUUGAGCUUGGUUCAGUUUCUUGUUUUGUUUACCACGAAUACGAUUUUCCCGCGACAUUCGAUAUUGAAAAGUUCGAGAAAGCAUUGAAUUACCUCAUUCAGUAUCAUGAGGCAUUGCGUACGAUUUUUAUCUCUCGGACAGAACAAAAAAUCCUCGAAACAGUUCCAUUGUACACUUUGUCUAUAGUGGAAUUAGAUGAUACUUUAACAAUGAAAGAAAAACUACUAGAACGACGUCGAGAGCUUUCCCAUCGAAUCUUACCUGCUGAUCAAUGGCCGCUUUUUAAUAUUCAGACUACUCAUUUCAAACUAGAUAACGAGUAUCGAACUCGCCUACAUAUUGGUUUCGAUGCACUCAUCCUGGAUUUCUGGAGUAUGAUGUUAAUAUAUCGUCAGCUCGGUCAGUUGUACAGUAGCUCAAAUUUCGCUCUACCGAAACUAACGUUCUCGUUCCGAGACUAUGUUCUAAGCGAAGAAAAGUUUAAAAGUACGCCCAAUUACACAAACGAUAAAGGAUACUGGCUCGACCGUCUAAACACUUUUCCAUCAGGUCCUAAAUUGCCACUACAAUGUCUACCGAACGAAAUUCAUGUACAACGUCAUUGCAAUUCACAGCAGCUACUAGACAGAUCAUCAUGGAGUAGAUUAAAAAGACGAAUCAUCGAUUAUGAGCUGACACCAGCUGGCUUCUUAGUAUCCAUUUACGCCAUCGUCUUGUCUAAGUGGAGUGAGAAUAAACAUUUUGCAUUGAAUUUACCAAUCUUCAAUCGGCUUCCGAUACAUCCGCAAAUCAAUGAAAUAGCAGGAGAUUUUACAACAGUUUUACCAUUGGAAAUACACUUGGAUGAACCGAUUUCAUAUUAUAAAUUCGUUCAAACGGUCCAACGACAACUGUGGAACGAUCUUGAGCAUAUGUCCUACAACGGUGUGUCAUUUGUUCGCGAUCUGAUGCAGACACAGAAAACCAAAGAAAUCGUUUUACCAUUCGUUUUCACAUGUGGCAUAGAUAUAGGUGGUAUGAAUCAAAAGGAUGAUAGCAAAUAUUUAUUUUUGGAUCAGCGACCUGAAUACAUGAUUAGUCAAACGCCACAAGUGUUUCUCGAUCAUGUCGUAUAUGAAAGUGAUGGUCAUCUAUCCGAUAAUUGGAUAUACGUGAACGAAUUGCUUUCUUCUGAAUUGAUUGAAAAUAUGCACAUGACAUUUAUCAACGCACUUCACGAAUUCAGCCUAUCUGAUGAUAUGUGGCAACAACCCAUUUCUAUAUCGCUACCACCUGAUCAAUACAAUCGACGAUUACACUUCAAUCAAACACAGUGGAAGCCGAACAUUAAACAACAUUUGCUUCAUUCAGGCAUCAUAGAAAAGGCCGAACAAACACCGGAUUCAUUGGCCAUCAUCUCGCCGCAAGCUCAUUUCACUUACAAGCAACUCAUGGAUCGCGUCUAUUCCUUAGCUAGCCAUCUUGAACACGAAUAUCAAAUUCGUUCCAAUGAAUUAAUUGCCAUAUUAAUGAAAAAAGGAUGGGAACAAGUUGUUGCCUGUCUAGCAAUCCUAGUUUCAGGUGGUGCUUAUUUGCCGUUGGAUGUUGAUGCACCAUAUGAUCGUCUCAAGUCAUUAAUUGAAGAAACCAGCGUUCGUAUUGUUCUUACACAGUCGCAUUGUCAACACGUGUUCUCACAUUUAACAACGAUCGCAGUUGAUACAUUUACAACUACUGACUGGCAAAAAUCUUCGUUUCUAGUUAGACAACAAUCACCAACAGAUUUAGCUUAUAUCAUUUAUACAUCGGGCUCAACCGGAAAACCCAAAGGCGUCAUGAUCAGCCAUCAAGCUGCGUUAAACACUAUUCUCGAUAUGAACUCAAGAUUAGAAAUAACAUCUCACGAUAGAAUAUUUGCAUUAUCGCAUUUAAAUUUCGAUUUAUCGGUUUACGAUAUUUUCGGGUCAUUAAACGGCGGUGGAACUAUCGUUAUUCCAGGUCACGAAGAUUAUAAGAAUCCUAAGCAUUGGUGCGACAUGAUGAUAGAGUAUCGUGUAACGAUAUGGAAUAGUGUUCCGAUGUUAAUGCAAAUGUUAGUUGAACAUUACAAACACACUAAAAGCAAUCAUCAUCAAUUACGUCACGUCUUAUUAAGUGGUGACUGGAUACCUUUAACAUUACCGAAGGCUAUACACACAACAUUUGGUACAAAAGUGAUGGUAAUAAGUUUAGGCGGAGCAACAGAAGCAUCUAUCUGGUCAAUUGCCUAUGAAAUACCUAGAAUGAUGCCUCAAGAAUGGAAAUCAAUUCCUUAUGGAGCACCAUUACGAAAUCAGCAUUAUUACGUUUAUGAUUCUCACCUGGAUGAUUGUCCUGAAUGGGUGAUGGGAGAACUAUAUAUCGGUGGUAUAGGUCUAGCUGAUGGCUAUUGGAAUGAUGCUGUGAAAACACAAUCUAGUUUCAUGAUUCAUCCACGAACACGUGAACGUAUUUAUCGAACAGGUGAUCAUGGUCGAUUCAUGCCUGGUGGCUAUAUUGAGUUUAUGGGACGAAAAGACUAUCAGGUGAAAGUACAUGGUCACCGUAUUGAACUUGGAGAAAUUGAAUAUCAUCUCCAGCAACAUUCAGAUAUUCAUCAAGCAGUUGCUAGUGUUGAUCUGCGCUCCCAACAAUUGAUUGCAUACAUUAUGCCGGAGCGACAUUCACUUCCCUCCGAAAAAUACGAUCCAUCGCAAAUUGAAAUAACUGGUCAUGUUGAACGUAGCAAUUUCAAGUUGGCAAGAUAUGGUAUACAACAUCAAUUACGAGGAGAGAAGAGCGUCGCCUUAACAAAACCAAAAUUAACAGAAACAUUAAUCAAUAAGUAUUAUGCGAGAAAAAGUUAUCGACAAUUCACAAAUGAGCACAUUGACCGAUCAACUAUAGAGACUCUAUUGAAACAAUGCUACAAUAUGGGUCAUGAUAAUGAAAAAUCAUUUUCGUCGCACAUUAGUUUCGAUACAUUGAGUACGUUGCUAGCAAUAUUAACACCAAUUAAUUUUUCUAACCAACCUUUACCGAAAUAUUACUAUGCAUCAGCGGGAAGUCUUUAUCCUGUUCAAGUGUACGUUGAAGUGCAUACACCUAUAGAUGGCAUACCGCCAGGUCUUUACUAUCACAAUCCGGACAAGCACAGCCUAGAACUCGUUAGUGCUAGUACGAAUGAGGAGACGGCGAGUGUAUAUUUCCAUCUAGUCGGUCGAUCAUCGGCAAUUGCACCUUUGUACAGCAAAACAUUAGGCACGAAUUUUUGUUCACUAGAGACGGGAUAUAUGAUGGGGUUGCUGGAAAAAGAAGCAUCUAAGAUGGGAUUGAAAUUUUUCAGAGAUUAUCAAAUCGAGUCCUUAACUAAGGGUGCUCUCAAUGUGAACGAAGGUGAUACUCAUUAUUGCUUCGAAGUUUUUUCUAAUCCAGAACGUAUGACGAAUGACAAACAUUGCCAGCUUCGUCAAUGUCUCGUUUACAUAAAAUCUAGCACUACGAAUGAAAGUCAAUGGUUUAAGUAUGUUUCAGAAACUGACCAUUUUAUUCAUGUUCUUAGUGGAACUGGUUCCACAGAGGAAGAAAUGCCAUUGUUCUUUGACAAUGAUAACGAUGCAAAAGCUAUAUUUCAUGAUUGCCAAUUUGCAUUAUUCUUCAUUGGAAAUCCAAACGACAAUCUGGAGGCAGGUAAAAUAUCACAUUUGUUGAUGGAGUACAGUGUAGAGAAGAAUAUUGGAAUAUGUCCGAUCGGUUCUCGGGCUAGUUUUCCAGCUGGCUUCAAUAAUAUCUUGGACAGUCUGCUUACCAGUGAUUAUGAGAACAAUAAUGAAAUUCUGUUACACAUUCUACUUGCUGGAAAAAUUAGUGAUGAGCAGAAAUAUGAUCGAACUAUUUCGAGAGUCAAAGCAAUGCCGAAAUGGAAUGAAACUCUGAAAGCAUUCUUGAGUGCAAAGCUUCCCACUUAUAUGAUACCAUCACAUUUCUUACCCGUUUCUACGUUUCCCUUGAAUCCAAAUGGUAAAAUUGACCGACAAGCUCUGCCGGAAAUAUCUGUCGAAAUCAUUCGGCGGGAAGAUGCUUUUUUGGCACCACAAACUGAAACAGAGAGGAUAAUAGUAAAUAUCUGGCAGCAAGUACUAUAUACCGAUAAAUUUAAUUCACAGCAUGGUGACUUACAACUACAUCAUUCAGAUAUGAGCUUAAUUGAAGAAAAAAAGCAGUCAGCUCCACCCAUAUCAGUUACGUCUAGUUUCUAUGGUCUCGGUGGGGAUUCUCUAUUACUCAUUCAAAUUUACAGACAGUAUCAAUUAACCUUUAAUUUUGAAAGUGAUAUUAUCAGUAUUCGACCAUUCUUCGAAAACGAUACUAUUGCUGAUCACGCGAAAUUGCUUGUGGCUCUUACAGUCGAUAACAUCAAACUAAAUCUAUGGCACACGUUACACAUCGCAGAAGGUAUCGCAUCAUUCGCUCAAGAACGUAUAUAUCUCGAUGAACAAGUUCGCUUUUCCAACAAAAUUGCUAUCUACAACGAAAUUGCAGCUCUUCAAGUUGCUAACGGUUCCCUGUCAGUAGAUCGCCUUUCAAGAGCUUUACAAUCGGUUAUGAGUAAACAUAAAAUACUAAGGACUUCUCUCACGGUCGAUUAUAGUGACCGUACCUUAACCCAACAAGUUAAUAAUGGCCAUGCAGUGUGUAAAUUAUUACCGGAUAAAACAUUUAUAAAUGCAAAUGAACUUCAUGACAUAAUCUGGCAAAUCACAAUCGAUCCUAAUCUCUUCAGUUUAUCGACUGGCAGUGUUUUUCAUUGUCAGAUACUUCGGCAACAUAGGUCAUCUGAACAAAUGACUGAUCCAGCAUACAUAACAGAGGGCGACGUACUUAUAAUCGGCGCUCAUCAUGCAGCAGCUGACCGAUCAACAUUUCCUAUUAUUUACACCGACAUAUGUAGUGCUUACAACAAUCAUGCAGGAUAUAUAGACGAUAAAGAGCUAUUGCAGUACAUUGAUUAUAGUGUACAUGAACGUAUCACAGAUAUGACAACGUCGCGACAGUUUUGGGCUUCCCAUCUACAAGGAAGCGAUCUGGAACGUCGAUUACCACUGCCCAUCGAUCAUCAUCGCUCACAUAGUGCACAACGCUCAGGAUAUGCCUCGAUUUUUCGAAUAUCUUUCCACGAAACGACCAUAUCAAACUUUCUUAAUUGUGCGUCUUCAUAUCAAGUUACCCCAUUUCAACUAGGAUUGACAACAUUCUAUGCGUUCUUAUACAGGCUAACACGUCAGCAAACAGAUCUAUGCGUUGCCUGCCUGAAUGCUAAUCGGUAUAGAUCUGAACUAGAGAAUAUGGUAGGAAUGUUUGUUUCGACAUUACCGUACCUGAUACACAUUGACUCAGACACUUCCUUUGAUGAUCUUUUCAACCGUGUGCGAAACGAAUGCUUGUCCAUAUUUGAACAUUCUCAAUAUCCGUUACAGUACAUCAUUAAAGAUUUUAACCUCAAUUCCUCGAAUCUUUCAUUUCUUGAAACAUUGUUUGACUACAUUACCGUGUCAUUUAACGCUGAAAAACUAUUUAUGGAUACAGCUAAUAUGAAACAGGUCGCAUCAGCUCAAUCACUUGAAGUUGGCAAAUUUGACUUCAAACUCACGUUCAUACAAAAUCCAGCAUUAGCUGAUGAUAAACUAUCAGUAAAAGUUGUAUGUUCUGAUGAUGUUUUUGAUGAUUCUACCAUUUCAAAGAUGGCAUACAGAUUUAAAUACUUAUUUGAACAAUUUUUCUCAAUGGAUUCAACCAUCACUCAAACUAAGUUGCGAACACUUAAGCUCAACGAUUUAAUUCUUGUUUUACCAGAAGAAGUUAACGAGAUACAAAACGCAUUAUUCCGACGUCAAUCGAUUAGCGGCGCACAAGGUAAGUUGCCAUCGAACGCACCAGUCCUCUAUAAAGUUAUAAAUUUUCAAACGAUUCUAAACCUCUCAUAG